AUGACUGGGGCUGAGAUUGAGCCUUGCACCCGGGCCAAGUCUGAAAAGAAGGCUGGUGAAGAGGUUGGGGGUGGGGUUGAGAGGGAGACCAAAGUUCCUCUGGUGGUCAGACCCAAAGUUAGAACCCAGGCCCAGGUGAUGACUGGAGCACAGCCCAAAACUGAGGCCAAAGCAAUGACUGGAGCACGGCCCAAAAGUGAGGCCCAGGCAAUGUCUGGGGCACGACCCAAAACGGAGGCCAUGGCAGUAGCUGGGGCACGGCCCAAAACUGAGGCCAAGGCGAUGGCUGGGGCACGACCCAAAACUGAGGCCAAGGCAAUGGCUGGGGCACGGCCCAAAACUGAGGCCAAGGCAGUGGCUGGGGCAAGGCCCAAGGACGAAGCCCAGGCAUGGGCCCAGACUGAAUUUGGGGCUGAGGCAACAUCCGAGACAGAGGAAGUGACCCAGACUAAUGCCGUGGCCUGGCCACUGGUCAGUACUGAGUCUAGGCCAGUCGCUAAGACUAAGGCUUUGUCUAUGGAUAGGGAACUGGUUGAUGUGGAGGAUGAGGCCUUAUCUGUCACAAAUGUACAAGCCGGAAUCCAGCCCUGGUUUGGAUCAGGGGAGGAGAAUAAUAUGGGGUCUUGGUGCUAUCCCAGGCCCAGGGCCAAACAGGAGGCCUCGGAUGAGUCUGGAUUCUGGUCAGCAGAUGAGACCUCUACAGUGUCUCCUUUUUGGGCAGGGGAAGAGACCAGUAUCAGAUCAUGGCCCAAGGAUGAGGCCAAUUCCAGGUCCAGGCACAGGGCUAAACAACAGACCAAUACCCGGUCCAGGCCCAGGAUGAAGCAAGGACCCUGUAUUGAUUCUAGGUCUGGGUCUGAGGAUGAGGCUGGCAAUCUUUACAGCCUCUGGGCUGGAGAAAAUACCAAUACCUUGUCUAGGCCCAGAGCCAGGGAGGAGGCAAAUAUCAGGUCCAAGCUUAGGACAAAGAGAGAGGACUGUUUUGAAUCUGGGUCUGAAGAUGAAUUCUAUAAGGAAUCCUGGUUUUUGCCUGAAGAGGCCCAUAGUAGAUUCAGGCCAAGAGACAAGAAAGAAUCUAAUACUAGCUCGAAGCCCAGGACCCAGAAAGAUGCUAAUAACAGGGAUAGGGUCAAACAAGAGCCGAGGUCUGAGGAGGAGGUCAUUAUUGGUUCCUGGUUCUGGGCAGAAAAAGAGGCCAGUAUGGAGGCUGGAGCUGUGGCCAGCUAUGAAUCCAUGCCAGGGGCUAAGGAGGGGGCCAUUUUGGGAUCUUUGUUCUGGACUGAGGAUGAGGCCAGUGUGGGGGCUGGGACCAGGGAAGAGGCUAGGCCAGAGUCUGAAGAAGAGGCCAUAUUUGGGUCCUGGUUUUGGGACAGAGAUGAGGCCUGCUUUGACCUAAAUCCCAGCCCUGUGUACAAGGCCAGUUGCCAGUUCAGUGGUUUGGCUGAGCAGGAAAUUAAUGUAUCAUCCAGGCCUCAAAGCUGGGAAGAGGUCACUGUUGAAUUUAAACCUGUUUCUUGUCAUGGGCUUGGCUUCCCAUCCAUAAGCCCCUUUAGAAUUCCUGAAGAAGCAAUAUCUGAAUUCUCUGAAAUGAUUGAGGGAAACCUCAAGCAAGUGGAACUGAGCCCAGAAGGGGAAGAGCAGGAAUCUUUGCUUCAACCUAAUCAGGAUGAGCCUGACCCUAGGUUCCCAUUUCAGUAUGAGCCUUCCUACCUGUCAGUCAAGGAAAUUCGACAGCAUCUUAAGGCCAAGGAGAGUGCAGAUCCUGGGAGUUGGUUGUGCAAGUGUGUACAGUGUGAGCUUAGGAUUGGUUCUGAAGAGUUUGAAGAACUCCUUUUAUUAAUGGACAAAAUUCAGGAUCCUUUUAUUCAAGAAAUAUCCAAAAUUGCAAUGGGUACGAAAAGUGCUGCUCAGUUUACCCGAGAUUUCAUUCGAGACUCAGGUGUUGUCUCACUUAUUGAAACCUUGCUCGAUUAUCCCUCCUCUCGAGAUAGGACAAGGUUUUUGGAAAACCUGAUUCAUAUGGCUCCACCUCACCCAAAUCAAAACAUGAUUGAGACUUUCAUAUGUCAAGUUUGUGAGGAGACCCUUGUUCGUAACUUGGAUUCCCCUGAGCAGCUGUCUGGAAUAAAGAUAGUUAGAGACCUCACUACUACUAUUGACUAUCACACACUGGUUGCCAAUUACAUAUCAGGAUUUCUUACCUUGUUAGCUACAGGUAAUAGGAGAACGAGAUUUCACAUUCUGAAAGUGUUACUGAAUUUGUCUGAAAAUCCUAAUAUGGCAAAAAAUGUAUUCAGUGCCAAAGCUCUAUCAAUAUUUGUAGGUCUCUUUAACGUAAAAGAGACAGAUGAGAAUAUUAAAAUAGUUAUUAAAAUGUUUCAGAAUAUCAGUACUAAUAUAAAAAAGGGAAUAAUGUCCUCAAUUGAUGAUGAGUUCAGUCUUGAACCACUUGUUUCUGCAUUCCAUGAAUUUGAGGCAUUAGCUAAUGAAUUACAAGUCCAAAUAAACAAUCGAAAAGGUCGUAAGGUGGGAAAACGAAGUUAGUACAGUUAACCAUCUGCCUCUGAUCAGCCUUAUGUUCCCAAAGAACCCUGAGUAGUGCUUUGUUUUUUGCAGUCUGGUUUGAUGUUGUAACUUAUAUUUUUAAUGCUGAUGUUAACUUCGUACAACUCUUGGUUUGAGCUGGAUCAUUUCACGGAUGCCAAAUGAAUAUUAAAACUGAAAACGCGUUUGUCAAUUGUUGUCUUGCUGUCCAGAUUGCAAUAUUUUUUAGUAUUGAGCCUCCAGUGAUCUGUGUCACCUAAGUAAGCUACCCUUCUCUGUCGUUUUAAUACAUGAUUCUCUAUUUGAGUCUGGUUGUGUUUUCAAUAAAAUUCUAUGUUAAA